AUGACGUAUGAAAAUUUAAGUAGGGAUACCAUACGGGGGUCGAGCACACAAGAAGAGUCUCUUCCUUCAAGAUUGGGUGAUGAAUCUCAAACGUCUCAAACUGAAGCAGACUCGGAAGAGAUCAAUAAUCAAUCCGAGCACAUAACUAGUAAGUUGAAAUGGACUCAAGUAAAAGAUAUUGAUUUAUGCAAAAGUUUAACAACAAUUUCGAAAGAUCCGGUGAAGGGAAACGAUCAAACUAAGGAUGUGUAUUGGAAAAAUAUUGGUGAAUACUAUAACCAGUGGAGAAAAGAAGAUCCAGAGAUACCCGUUGAAAAAAUUGCAAACCACUGGUACAAAAUGAGUGGUGAUGUUAAUAAGUUUAAUGGGUACUACAUACAAUUAAAAGAAAGUCACCUAAGUGUUCAUAACGAAGAAGACAUUAUCAACAAGACCAUGGAACUAUUCUCAAGUCGUAACAAAGAUAGAAAAUUUCCUUAUUUACAUGCUUGGCAAAUCCUUCGGAAUGAUCCUAAGUGGCAAGAAUUUUCUCGAAAACAAGGUGGUCCGCGCAAGAAAUCAAAAGUUAGAUCAUCUGCUGGUAUAUCUUCCUCUUCUCACCAUGAUACAACUCAAACUGACGAUGUAGAAGUGCUCGAUGGACGUCCAAUUGGUCAAAAGGCUGCUAAAGAAGAAGCAAGAAGGAAGAAAAAUAAGAAAAAGGCAAAUGAUGAUGAUACAUGGACUAAAUUUGAAGAUCUAGCUAAGAAGAGACUAUCACUAAUGGAGGAUCACAUUCGUCAAAGUUAUUUUGAAAUACUAUGUAAAGAUACUUCGAAUACGGAUGAAAGAGCAAGGAAAAAUCAUGAACAAGUAUGCGAAUUAUUAAGGGCUAAGUAUGGAAUGUCUUAA